AUGCAUCUUCGUGGAGUUUUUCGUGCGGCUAAACUGCCAAGAGGCCAAGGCGCCAUCGGAUUCACGUGGGCAUUCAAGAUCAAGCGCAAAGUUGAUGGAUCGAUCAAGAAAUACAAGGCGCACCUUAUUGCCAAGGGCUUCAAGCAGAAGUACGGCAUCGACUACACGGAAACGUUCUCGCCCGCGGUAAAGUACGUGACACUGCGUGUGAUGAAGGAGAAGGUGUGCUGCGUGGUACCGGAAGGCGUCGAGCCUUAUGACGACUUUGAUCGUUUAGAGUUGGCGAAGGCGAUCUACGGUCUCAAGCAAGCUUCACGGGUAUGGAACGAGAAUCUCGACGUGUUCGUGUGCUUCAUCGGUUUCGAAGUGUCGGCGUUCGACCCAUGUCUCUACAUCAAGGUGGUCGAUGGUCACUGUGUUCUCGUGCUGGUUUACGUGGAUGACGCGUUAUUCACCGGCAGCUCGCUCGAGUUGAUUGCUCAUACGAAGGCCGAUCUCAAGACACGCUUCGAGAUGACCGACACGACGAUAUGUCAACGACAUCCCCAGAGUUUCGGCAUGCAUGAGUGCAAGGCCACAGCAAGUCCGGUCGAUUUGAGCACUCGGCUUGUCGCAAGCAGUGAAUCGGCCAAGAUCAACGUUCCGUUUCGCGAAGCUGUUGGAUCUCCAAUGCACUUAACGACUGCGACGCGCCCGGACAUUGCGAAUGCUGUGGGGUACUUCUCACACUUCAUGGAUAAUCCGCAGCAAGACUGUUGGACGGCGGAUCAUUCGUUAUUUUCAAGGGACCAAGUCGCGCGGACUCCGCUUCCAGCCAAGCGACAAGAUUGA